AUGAAGUCCAUUGACGGCCAGCGUGGAAAGUUAGUCAGCUUAGUGCGUCGACUAGAAGGCGGUGUUCUUGUGGAGACAAAAUCAUCACAUGCGAUAUUCCUCCCCGCAAGCUGUGCCCAUGCCACGUUCACCCUUCAAGGUGGUUACUUGGUUACUAAGGAUUUCACGACCGCGAAGUCGCUGAGUGCGAUCGCAAGCUUCAUCACUUGUGGACUGGAUGAAAAUUUGCCGACCGAGGCUCGAGUAAUUUGCUUCGACUGGUUUGAACGUUGUUUAGAUGUCACAUUAUCCCAGCAGCAUGUGGUUGCAGCAGUUUUCGCAUGGUUAAAGGCGGAAAACAAGCUCGCAACCUGGGCAUCGACUCAUCGAAGGUGGCGAGUUAAUGUUAGACGUUUGUGGGAACAUCACUGCCUGGACUCGUUGGUCAACUGUCCAUGUGAGGCUCAAAAAUCGAUUUCAUUCUUCCAGCAUUUUUCUUCUGUUCAUUUGGCCUCUUUGCUUUCCUCAUCUCAAGUUCGGCGCCGUCGGUGA